AUUAAUUAGCUUUUGAUUGCUGUGUGUGUGAAUUAGUUGCUUCGAUAUGGCUAAAAUCGAAAAGAUGGAAGUCAAAACACAGAUCAAAUCCUCUAGUGACAAGUUUUUUGAGAUUUUGAGGAGCAAAACAUAUCUCUUACCAAAGAUCUGCCCUGAAAUUAUAAACGACAUACAAACUAUUCAAGGUGAUUGGGGGACCAUUGGCUCCGUCAGGCAGUGGACUUACGUUGCUGGGAACUGUGAGAAAAUCAAGGAGAGGAUUGAGGCCAUAGAUGAGAAAACUAGGAGCAUCACCUUCAAUUUUCUUGAAGGAGAUGUACUAAAUUACUAUAAGAGUUACAAGGCAAGCCUUGAGGUCACAACAAUGGAUGAAGUUAGCUUGGCAAAAUGGACUUUGGAGUAUGAGAAAAAAGACGACCACAUCCCACCUCCUCACAAGUACUUGGAACUUUUGGCUAACUUCAACAAAGCUGUUGACUCUUAUCUUCUUAAAACCAAGGCGUAGAAUGAAAAAUUCAUGCCUUUUGAAAAAUAUUGUAAUAAAAGAUAAUAUUUAUCCAAAUUUCAUCUACCAUAAGUUUUAAGACACAAAUAUACGAUUUCUCUAUAUAAAAUUAUAUAGAACUCAUACAUUUGUGCAUUGAAUUUACGGGGGAUUAUAAAAUCUAAAUAAAGUUUAUUAUUAUAAUAUGUAAUAAUUAAUAAAAAUUUCUAAA